UUGCUUUCCUGUCAAAGCCUCAAGGCUUGGUUACUCCCAAGAAAAAAGGGAACGGGAAUAAAAGAAGAAAAGGCAAAGGCCUGGGGAAAAAGAGAGACCCGUGCCUGCGGAAGUACAAGGAUUUCUGUAUUCACGGCGAAUGCAAAUACAUCCGAGAGCUGGGAGCUCCAUCCUGCAUAUGUCAGCCAGGAUACCAUGGAGAGAGAUGCCACGGCCUCUCGCUGCCUGUGGAACACCCCCCCAGUGCGUACGACCACACCACGGCACUGGCUGUCGUUGCUGUCAUCCUGUCCUCCCUGUGUCUCGUCAUCAUCGCAGCCCUGCUGAUGCUCAGGUGUCACAAGAGGGGUGUCUACGAUGUAGAAAACGAAGAGAAAAUCAAGCUGGGCAUCACUGUGAAUCACUGAGGAUGCCAGGUGCUAGCGAGGGGUCGGCACUAAGGCACAUCUACCUCCUGGAAGAGGCGAGAGCCACGGAGCCAGCGCCGUCCCUGGAGCCCACAGC